UUUCAAGAUGGCAAUCUUCGAUUCGCUGGUGUCCCGGUGUGGACGGUUACUUCGAGGACUCUCGGCUGGCCCAGACGCGACCAGCUGGGCUCGGCUUCCAGCUCGGGGGUUCAGGGAAGUGGUGGAGAUCCAAGAAGGGAAGACAACUAUAAUCAAAGGCCAUAUCACAGAGACUCCCAAGGAGAGUCCAAAUCCCCCUAACCCCUCUGGACAGUGCCCCAUCUGCCGUUGGAACCUGAAGCACAGGUAUAACUAUGAGGAUAUUCUGCUGCUCAGUCAGUUCAUCCGGCCUCAUGGAGGCAUGCUACCCCGAAGGAUCACAGGCCUAUGCCAGGAAGAGCACCGCAAGAUUGAGGAGUGUGUGAAGAUGGCUCACCGAGCAGGUUUGUUCCCAAAUCACAGGCCUCAGCUUCCUGAAGGAUUUGUUCCGAAGAGCAAACCCCAGCUCAACCGGUACCUGACCCGCUGGUCUACCCACUCUGUCAAGCCCAUCUACAACAAAGGCCCCUGCUGGAACAAGGAUGGGUUUCCUGGUUCAAGGGGCCUUUCAGAGCCUGGAUACCAGAUGGAGGUGGAGAUGAAGGGAAGCAGGACAAAACAAACAAGGCAGAUUCACUGAAAUUUAUGAAAAUGUAUCAACUGUACAUAAAAAACAUCUAGGCUGGCCCCCAUCCUACAGCAUAAAGGGCAAGUCUAUGUUCUUCUCACCAGUACCUACGUAGAUGUAGCCAUAGUUCUUGGUAUGGGGAGCGUGGUAGAAGGUGAGGCCUGGCCAGAGCAGGCUGCGUAGCACUACCAAGGCAUUGCCCCGCUCCAUCUGGAUGCUCCAGGACCCUGGGAAGGAGGGGCAGGGGGUGAGGCCUGGGUGCUGCUGGAGCCAGAGCUUGCCACUUGUGCAGAGGCCCUGGUUCCUAGGGCAGCAACGCCAGGUGCCAAGGUUCUGCUGGGAAAGGGAAAACAAUUUUAAUUCACCAGACACUUUACUUUUGA